AUGCUUUUGAAAGAGGACAGGGAAAAAUUAUUGGAGAAAUGUAUACAAAUAGAUAAAAUAAUCAAAAGAAAUAUUAAUUUGAUACCAAUCGGAAAUUGGCAUUUCGAUGAUGAGACGACUGAGGAGCUUCGUAAGCAAAAACAUCGAAUUGUUGAUGAACAAUUAACAGGAGAACAGAAACAGAAGCUCAGUAAAGCUUCGAAGCAACGAAUAGCUCGUGAAAUAGGUGUGAACUGUCAGACGAUCAGCGAUGUUCUAGAUUGGAUGGCAAAAAAUCACGGUAAUACAAAACCUGUUAAGCCUGUAACAAUUCCCAAAAUGAAGGAUCGGAAAAAGAAUAAAGAUAUAAAACCAGUGAUAAAUAAUUCAGUCGAUUCUCAACCUUUGGAUACUAACGGUUCAACUAAACCUCUUGCUCGAGAAUUAAAUGGGAGUCUAGUAAAUGAAACAACAAGUGCUAAUAAUGAGCGAAAAAGGAUACAUGAUAGCAAUAUGAGUAAUACGGAAAAUAACUCCUUUUUGGGAACUAUUUCCACUGUAGCACCACCUGAUGCUUUGGAAGGUCGCAAGUUAGCUCUUAAAAAACUACAGGAAAAAUUGGAACAAUUUAAAGCAAAAAGGCGUGGUAACAUGACAGCUUAUCAGUAUGAAGAAAAACGAAAAUUGAAAAGGCGUAUGAGUAAAUUGAAGAUGAAGGAAAGAAGGACAGUUGCUAAACAGCAGAUAAAAAAUUCGAAGCUACCAUCAGAUGAAACAGUGCCCAACAAACGUCCGAAAUUGGGAACGGAGUCGAAAGUGGGAGAAAUGGAAGAGAAAGAUGAUAAAUUGAUUUUCUCAAAAUUUGAUUUCAUUGUAAGGGAUGAAAAGCAGAGAAAAACAAAAAAGGAUAAACGAGACAAGUUCACCGGUAAAGAUUAUAAACGAUUGCUUGUUAAAGCUGAGAAAAGAGAAGAAAAACUGGAAAAAGUACGAUCAAAGAAUCCUGAAAAGGCUUUGAGAAUUGAAAAAAAUAUUCAAUGGAAGAAAGCAUUAAAUCGUGCUGAGGGACAGAAAGUUAAGGAUAAUCCAGAGCUUUUGAAAAAAAGCUUAAAAAAAAAGGAGAAAAUAAAGGAAUCAAGAAGAAAGAAAUGGGGAAAUCGUGUCAAACAUACCUUGCAAAUGCAAGCUCGAAAGCAAGAAAAACGAUCAGCAAAUAUCCAAGCUCGUAAAGAUAUUGUUAAAAAAAGAAAAAUGCAAAGAGCUCGAAAGAAGGGAAGAAUAUUGUGA